AUGUGGAACAUACCCACCUUGAUUUCCGUACUUGUUGAAGACAGGAAGGCACCCAAGUAUAAACCCGAGAAGCUCCCUUCCGUCCAUCAAGGACUAUGUCCUCAGCAUCUUCCUAUCAUUGAGACCGACACAGAGUUACAAGCCCUUCUAAGCCAAGCUACCACAUGGGUAGACAAGCUUUUGGAUGUUAGCUCUACUCUCAAGCAUGCACACGAAAGCCACAUCGAUCUGUUGUUCAAGAGGCUUGCCCAGCAAGACAGCCUAGUGCAGCAACUUCACAAGCAUGGACAUAAACAUAAUCAAACCAAGAAUGCCGCCAGAGGUAUUAGGGCUUUGUUUCUGGCAAUGCAUGCCAACACCCUAACUGCCAAUAAAUAUUGGUACACCCACCAAGAGAUUCUGGCAGGGAUUGAGGAGAAGAUUAGGGACCGAAUCUCUCUCCCUGAUCACCGAUAUGCCACUUUUAUUGAUGCCAAGCAAGCUAUGUUAGAUGCAUGGCACACUAUCAUCCCCAAGCCAAGAGGAUAUCACAUCAGAAAUCGCACUCUCUCUGACAAGCACAUGGAGGAAUGCGCUCAAAACCUCCAGAAGAUAGCUGAAGCGUUGAAGUCUGCAGGUGCAGACCUAGUCCCACCCGGUGACCCAGUUCACAAGGGGAGGAAGCCCCGUACCCCUCCUAGUAACCAACCUGACGCUGACAGGAGCUCUUCCAGAGACUCCAACCAGAGCACAGCUCAAACAGAAGUCACCAACAGGGAAACCUCUAAUGUCAUGGACAAGGAUCCCAACCCGAAGCCUAUAAGCACCCAUACCCACAAGUUAACUAGAGGCAAGGGUAAAGCAGACUGCAUUAUCACUGAGGACACAAUGUCCGAUGCGACUGCAGACUUAGGUGGUCAUGAGUAGAUGAUGCCACCACUCCCAAUCAACAACCUGCAUGCUCAUGUAUGCUGAGGUUGAUUGUACCUGUCUGUAUUUAUCAUCGGUGCUGGACACCCAAGUCACACUUAACAAAGUUUUGCACCUUUAUUUAUCAUUGACCUCCGUCACACAAGGCAGUUGGGCACUUACCACCCUUAUUAUGGAGCAGUCAACUAGCCAGUAGUAGAGACAGCAUCCAUGUCAGAGAGAAGCCAACAUACCGUGGAC